UUUCGUGCAGUGUGUUAACAGUAGAAAAUAGUGAAAUAUGACUGGUCGCGGUAAAGGAGGCAAAGGCUUGGGAAAAGGAGGCGCCAAGCGUCAUCGCAAAGUGCUGCGGGAUAACAUCCAGGGUAUCACUAAGCCAGCAAUCCGCCGUUUGGCUCGUCGCGGCGGUGUGAAGCGCAUCUCGGGACUCAUUUACGAGGAAACACGUGGCGUUCUGAAGGUGUUCUUGGAAAACGUUAUCCGCGAUGCCGUCACCUACACCGAACACGCCAAGAGGAAGACUGUCACAGCCAUGGAUGUUGUGUACGCCCUGAAGAGGCAAGGCCGCACCCUGUACGGCUUCGGCGUGUCCUUAUCGCGAAGGAUGUGUGGCAAGGAUGAAAGAUUCCUUUCACGCGGUGUGCGGUACGAGAAUCUCAAAUGGCGAUUCUGGCCUGGCGCUAGGGAAACGUAUGGUUCCGGUAAUGAACUGCUGCACGCGGCACCUGCUCCUUGCUGUGCGCACAGGGAGGACUGUGAAACUUCCGUCAAUUCCGAGAAUUCACACGUGUCUCUGGUCACUGCUGAUUUCCGGGAAUUACGAUUAGAUUCUUUCAAUAUAUUGUCCCAAUUAUUUUACCACCAAUAUUGGGAGUGA